CACACAUAUAGAGGGUGGAGCCGUUUGCAAUACAGAGAACAUGAAGUAGCUAACGCCGCAUAUACUAAGCAACGCAGAAGUAAUAGCUUUACUAAUUGUGACGACGUGAAUUUUUCAGAUUGGUUUUUCGUAUCGAACAGUUAGCAUGUUCGCUAACCGUCAGCCAAGAGAUAGCUCGAAUUAGCUCAACGAGAAGUUAGCAGCUAACUAGCAGUUUAGCCUAGCCUGUCUUAGCUUAGCUGACUUCCUUCGCUGGAGUUGAUCUGACGGGAAGCCGGUUUUUUGUCUUUUUGACGCUCGGAGCCUCAUCUUUCGCCGCUGACGGUAUCGGAGGGUGUUUGUGGGAUACGUGCUUCAUCAUGCUGAGGUUACUGUAACCCGGCCACAGCUUUAAAUUUAGGAAUCCUAAACCCGGACCAGGACGAGUGCCAGCCCUUCUGUUUGCCAAAAAAAACAAACAAACAAACAAAAAAAAACCGUUGAGAAUCCAGAAAUGCUGACUGACAGCAGGAAGCGGCAUCGUAGCUGUGACAGUGAGGACGACCAACAGCUGAGUCCUCAGGCCAAAAAGUCGUCAGGGGGUCCCUGUCUGCUGGUAUCAGAUUUGGGACGAGAUGCCUGGGACUCUGAGUCUUCCAGCAGCGACAGCAGCAACGGGAUCAGCAGUCCAGAAAGAGCAAUACUAGCCAGCACCAGCCUAUGCACACACAGCCAGAACCACCGCAUCUCCCACUUUUCUAUCAGCACAAAGCCCGAAGAUGCUGCCAGCAUCUCACUGCAUGGUUUCCACGGCAACGGCAGCAACGAGUCCUAUGACUACAUCAACAGGGUCCUGCGGGAGGCGCACUUCAGCAGUCUGCAGAGCAGAGGGCGCCGUGGAUCGACAUGACGCUGACCUCUGUCCCCCUGUCCUGACCUUCUGAUGCUACGUGCUCCUGCCGUGCGACGUCGAGGGGUAGGGUCAGCGAGGGAAGGGGAUAAUCUGUGAGGUUUACAGAUUUUGGGCACAAAGGGUCAUCUACCCCCCUCCACAACUCGCCAUGUACCGUGUAUCCAAACCAUAAGCACAUCCACCUUUCCACCCGGCCCGGUCACUGUGGUUUCUCUGUGCAGUACUGAUGUGUUAGUGUCUGUUUGUACGCACCCCGUGCACUUUAUAAAGAGGUAUCAUUCUCUUUUACAUGCGUGCGUUGAUGUGUGGACAUCUUCAUUGGUGCUAAUCACAAGAAAAGCAUGAUGAUGAUCCAAAGUGCUUGCAAACCGAAAUAAAGUGACGCACUUUAUCCAGCAUCCACUCGUCGUUCUGUUUCCUCUGCAGGAAGUUGGCGGCGUUUCUUUGCAAAGAGGGUGUGGUCUCACUUUGUUUCACAAAGGAAGUGAAAUACUUGACAAAGAUUAAGUCAAACCGCAUGCAGCAGCUCCAGUGAGCUUUCAGACUUUUUUUUUUUUUAUUUCUGUGCUGAACGUGAGCUUUAGCGACGGAGGCGUUUGAACAAAUAAGUCAGUUUUUUGAAUGCUGUGAGGUGGGAAAUGUUUCAUGUGGUGUUGGCAGAACAAGAAGUCUGAGCCAAAUGUUUCCAUGUGUCACUUAUGUGAAACAAGAUGCUGUGCUUUGAAAUCUACUUCAUCUCUCUGCUCGUGUGCGUUUCCGGCUAAACUGAUUCUUUUCGGUCUCCUGUUUUUUAUGAAUAAAUCUGGUGUGGUUUCACGAUCUAAAUAAAGCCCUAACGUCUGGGUGUGGUGAGGUCAACAGGUUCAGGUGCCUCUACAAACAACCCGCUGACGUCAAGCCUUAAUUACACAGCUGUGAAGGCGCGCCGACGUCAGCACAGUGUUUCCAACCGCAUGGCACGGAUCAGGAAAA